AUGAGCACCAUCUUAACCUCUUCUUCCACUUUUCCCCACCACCACAUCCGACUACCACCACCACCGCCACCAUUGCCAUUAUCUCCACCAUUACUCUCACUACCACCACCAUUACCACUGUCACCACCACCACCAUCACCUCCACCACCAUCACCACCACCACCAUCACCACCAUCACCACCAUCAUCACCAUCACCAUCACCAUCACCACUACCACCAUCACCAACAUCAUCACCACCAUCACCACCAUCACCAUCACUACCAUUACCACCAUCACCACCACCACCACCACCAUCAUCA